AAAUAGGUGGACAUUCACUGACCUGUUACAAGGUUGCCCUACAAAGCUUUGGGGUCCAUGUCUGAAUGGAUUGCUGUAGCAUUCUCAUUUCUCCCUUCGCCCAGUUCCCUGCAUCCUAAGACUCAAAGCCAGCACAGGACCUGGAAAAAUUACAUGGUGUAAACGGCAUGUCUGUGGAUGAGCAGCCUGACUCCCCCAUGUAUGUGUAUGAGUCCACAGUCCACUGCACCAACAUCCUCCUGGGCCUCAAUGACCAGCGGAAAAAGGAUAUUCUCUGUGACGUGACUUUGAUCGUGGAGAGGAAGGAGUUCCGGGCCCACCGGGCUGUGCUGGCCGCAUGCAGUGAAUACUUCUGGCAAGCACUGGUCGGACAAACAAAACAUGACUUGGUGGUCAGCUUGCCUGAGGAGGUCACAGCCAGGGGCUUUGGGCCACUGUUACAGUUUGCAUACACCGCCAAGCUGUUACUCAGCAGAGAAAACAUCCGCGAGGUCAUCCGCUGUGCUGAGUUCCUACGCAUGCACAACCUGGAGGACUCCUGCUUCAGCUUCUUGCAGACCCAGCUCCUGAACAGCGAGGAUGGCCUGUUUGUGUGCCGAAAGGACACCGUGUGCCAGCGCCCUCAUGAGGACCAUGAGAACUCUGCGGGAGAGGAGGAGGAAGAGGAGGAGGAGACAAUGGAUUCAGAGACGGCCAAGAUGCCUUGUCCCAGGGACCAGAUGCUUCCAGACCCUAACACCUUUGACGCCGCAGCCGUCCCCGUAGCAGAGAAGGAAGAAGCCUUGCUGCCUGAGUCCGAUGUGCCCACGGACAUCAAAGAAAGCUCAGAAAAGGACGUGUUAACGCAGUACCCCAGAUACAAGAAAUACCAGCUUGCAUGUACCAAGAAUGUCUAUAAUGCAUCAUCACACAGUACCUCAGGUUUUGCAAGCACAUUCAGUGACGGUAACUCUGGUAACAACCUCAAGCCAGGGCUUGCCACGGGGCAGAUUAAAAGUGAGCCGCCCAGUGAAGAAAAUGAGGAAGAGAGCAUCACACUCUGCCUGUCCGGAGAUGAACCUGAUGUCAGGGACAGAGGAGGGGAUGUCGAAAUGGACCGGAAACAGCCCAGCCCCACCCCCACCCCCACCCCCCCUGGCAGUGCCACCUGCUUGGAUAGAUCCAGAAGCAUGUCCUCCCCCUCCUGUUUAAGGUCUCUAUUCAGUAUAACAAAAAGUGUGGAGCUGUGUGGUUUACCCAGUACAUCUCAGCAGCACUUUGCCAGGAGUUCAGCAUGCCCUUUUGACAAGGGGAUCACUCAGGGUGACCUUAAAACUGACUAUACCCCCUUCACGGGGAAUUAUGGACAGCCCCACAUGGGCCAGAAGGACACAUCCAACUUCACUAUGGGGUCGCCCCUCAAGGGGCCUGGGUUGGAGGGUCUCUGUAAGCAGGAAGGAGAGUUAGACCGGAGAAGUGUCAUUUUCUCCUCAAGCACUUGUGACCAAGUGAGCACUGUGGUGCAUUCAUAUUCUGGGGUGAGCAAUUUGGACAAAGACCUCUCUGAGCCAGUGCCAAAAGGUCUGUGGGUGGGAGCUGGCCAGUCCCUCCCCAGCUCCCAAGCCUACUCCCAUGGCGGACUGAUGGCUGACCACUUGCCAGGAAGGAUGCGGCCCAACACCAGCUGCCCAGUGCCAAUCAAAGUCUGCCCUCGCUCACCCCCGUUGGAGACCAGGACCAGGACUUCCAGCUCAUGCUCCUCCUACUCCUAUGCGGAGGACGGAAGUGGGGGCUCACCCUGCAGCCUCCCUCUCUGCGAGUUCUCCUCCUCACCCUGUUCCCAGGGAGCCAGAUUCCUUGCCACAGAACAUCAGGAACCAGGCCUGAUGGGAGAUGGAAUGUAUAACCAAGUCCGGCCCCAAAUUAAAUGUGAGCAGUCUUACGGAACCAACUCCAGCGAUGAAUCAGGAUCGUUCUCAGAAGCAGACAGUGAGUCGUGUCCUGUGCAGGACAGGGGCCAGGAGGUCAAACUUCCCUUUCCUGUAGAUCAAAUCACAGAUCUUCCAAGGAAUGAUUUCCAGAUGAUGAUUAAGAUGCACAAGCUAACCUCAGAACAGUUAGAGUUCAUUCAUGAUGUCCGACGGCGCAGCAAGAACCGCAUUGCGGCCCAACGCUGCCGAAAGAGGAAACUGGACUGUAUCCAGAAUUUAGAAUGUGAAAUCCGUAAAUUGGUGUGUGAGAAAGAGAAACUGCUGUCAGAGAGGAAUCAACUGAAAGCAUGCAUGGGGGAACUAUUGGACAACUUCUCCUGCCUUUCCCAGGAAGUCUGCCGAGAUAUCCAGAGCCCUGAGCAAAUCCAGGCCCUGCACCGGUAUUGUCCCGUCCUUAGACCCAUGGAUCUCCCCACUGCCUCCAGUAUUAACCCUGCAUCCUUAGGUGUUGAGCAGAAUCUUGCAGCCUCCCAAUGUGCGAUGAGGGAAAACGUGGCCUGCUGCUUAGAGCAGGGCACAGCGCCCCCUGGUGUCCCCUGGGUACCCAGCAAUGCCUCAGAUGAUUGUACCUCUGGGAGGAGGCUGGAAGGCCCUGACCCAGGAACCUUCUCAGAGAGAGGACCUCCUCUUGAACCCAGGAGCCAAACAGUGACUGUGGACUUCUGCCAGGAAAUGACUGAUAAAUGUACAACUGAUGAACAGCCCAGGAAAGAUUACACCCAGUGAUUCAGACCUGCCUCCUCAGUUCUCAAGUCUUUCCCACCCAGGUGUUCUUCCAUCAGCCUGGGCACUGUUCAUCUAUUGUCCCGAAGAACGAAGAACCAUUUGGUGCACACUACAGCGGUCUUAGCAGCAAUACUGUUUCUAAGUAUUCCCUCCUCUCUUCAAGCAGGAGUGAUUUAUAGUUACCUUCAUAAUGGUGCUACCCCUUGCUCAGGCAAGGAAAGACAGCGGUGGCCACACUGUCUGUCUGUGGGUUAAUUUCAAUCUUAACAGGGAUAGACUAUAACACCUCUAGGACCCAACCACGGAUUUUUUUUCUCAGUGGCCCAUGUCACAAACCCUAUCUCAGGAAUUUCUUCUGAAUGUUCAAUUUUUUUCAUUGAAGACAGCUUCUAUACACAUCAAAGUUUUAUAGCUAAACUGUACAUAUUAUAUAUAAUAUAUAUAUAUAUAUAUAUAUAAAAUAUAUCUAUCUCCAUAUGCAAAAGUCCUGCAUGCCUCAAUUUUCUCAUCCUAAAACUGGAAACUUCAUUUCUCAUUUAUAAACAGGUUCCAACAUUCCUCUUCUUUUGUCCUUGAUGCUAGAACUAGUUUGGUAACUGUUAACAUGGUCAUUUUCCUUCCUUCACAGUUCAAUUUCAAUUUGUACUUAUUUAUGGACAGAUUUCAAUGUUGGAAACAUUUUUUUUGGGGGGGUGGAGUUCUAUUUCAGACCUUUUUUGUUUAGUUUGGUUUUGGCACCACCAAAUGGUGUCAUUUGAGCAUUGUGGGUUGUUUUUGUUGUUGUUUGUUCGUUU